AUGUCAAAAGCCAUAAAGCAGAAUCUGGCGGAUUCAAAAAAGAUGAGUGCAGAAUUGUUCUGCCUCACUUAUGGAGCAAUGGUCACAGAGAUGCUGAAAGACUACGAAGAUCCGAAGGACGUCACCGUUCAGUUAGACAAGAUGGGAUUCAACAUGGGAACCCGUCUCGCAGACGACUUCCUUGCCAAAAAUGCUAAUGUUCCGCGUUGCGUUGAUACUCGGCAAAUCGCCGACGUACUGUGUCGUAAUGCUAUUCCUUGCUAUCUUGGAGUUUCAGCGACCGCUUCCUCAUGGAGCAGUGGCGAUCGUGAAUUCAUUAUCACUCUGGAAUCAAAUCCGCUCACCGAAUUAGUACAGGUUCCUCCAAAUCUCGUGUCUGCUGGUCUUUCUUAUUCUCAAAUGAUUGCUGGUGCCAUUCGUGGUGCUCUUGAAGCUGUCCACUUCAAAGUUUACGCGUCUGCCGCGGAUUCAGGAGCCAACACGGAAAUCAGAAUUCGUUUCGAUCAGGUGCUGAAGGACAGUUUACCAGCCGGCGAAGAUGACUAA